GGGAGGAGGUGGGUACCAGAACGGAGGAACAGUAGGUGGUGGUGGUGCUCAUUCUCUAUCUUCUACUAGAAGAACAACAACAUUAGCAACAGUGGAAAAAGCCCUAGCUCUGGUCGUCGCUCAGGCGUUGGCGGACGCGAAAAUCGUAGAGAACGGAGCAUCAUCGACCGCCCCACCUCCUUCUGGUGUUGAGGCAGGUGCUGAGAAGUCUUCACGUGUUUCAUCGAGUGCCAUCAAUUCGAGUACUAAUGCUAAG